AUGAUUCAGCAGUCAGUGCAGUUUAGUGGUUUGGCACAUGAAGAUCCCAACUUACAUAUUGCAAAUUUCCUAGAGAUUUGUGAUACUUUUGAGCACAGUGGAGUUUCUGAUGAAGCUAUAAGACUAAGAUUGUUCCCAUUUUCAUUAAGAGACAAAGCUAAAGUGGAUACAGAGUCACUAUACGAAGCAUGGGAAAGUGAAGUUCGAAAUAUGAUCAAUGCUGCUGCAGGUGGUACUUUAUGUAAGAAGACACCAAAACAAGCUUAUGAAUUGAUGGAGGAAAUGGCUUCAAACUCUUAUCAAUGGCCGAUAGAGAGGUUGCCUGUGAGAAGAAAGUUAGGUGUUCAUAACAUAGAUGCUAUCACGACUUUGGCAGCACAAAUGCAAGCGUUAAAUAAGAUUGAUGGACUUCAAAUGCAAAAACCUGCAAUAGUUGCUUCUAUGUGUGAUUUUUGUGCCAAAGAUCACUCUAACCAUGAGUGUCAAUCAGGUAACAUGAUUACUAUUAAUUCUAUGCCUGAUCAAGCUAACUAUGUUUCAAAUUUUCACAAGCCUAAUAAUAAUUCACAUAGUGCAACAUAUAAACUGGGGUGGAGGAGUCACCCAAAUUUCUCUUGGAGUAACAACAAUCAAGUGAAACCUCCACCACUAGGUUUUCAAUCUCAAGAGAAGAAAACAAAUUUAGAGGAGAUGAUGGCGAAGUUCUUGAGUACUACAGAGACAAUAAUUUAG